AUGAUGCAGAGGCCAUUCCGCCCGGAGGAGUACUCCUUGAAGGAGACUACUCCUCACCUUGGUGGAGCAGCUGCAGGUGACAAGCUCACCACCACCUAUGACCUGGUUGAGCAGAUGCAGUACCUUUAUGUUCGAGUGGUAAAAGCGAAGGAACUUCCAGCUAAGGACCUCACUGGAAGUUGUGACCCGUAUGUUGAGGUGAAGCUUGGGAAUUAUAAGGGCACAACUCGGCAUUUUGAGAAGAAGACCAAUCCUGAGUGGAACCAGGUGUUUGCCUUCUCAAAGGAGCGCAUUCAGGCAUCAGUAGUGGAGAUUAUCGUCAAAGAUAAAGACUUUGUUAAAGAUGACUACAUUGGACGGGUUAUGUUUGACCUUAAUGAGGUCCCAAAGCGAGUUCCACCUGACAGCCCGUUGGCUCCACAAUGGUAUCGCUUGGAAGAACGGAAUGGGCACAAGGUCAAAGGAGAGUUGAUGUUAGCUGUUUGGAUGGGUACUCAAGCAGAUGAAGCAUUUCCUGAAGCUUGGCACUCUGAUGCUGCGUCAAUCCCUGGUGAUGGCCUUGCAAGUAUUAGAUCAAAAGUUUAUCUUACUCCUAAGCUUUGGUAUCUGCGUGUCAAUGUCAUUGAAGCACAAGAUCUUAUACCAAAUGACAAGACCAGGUUCCCUGAGGUUUAUGUCAAAGCAAUGUUAGGAAACCAGGCUCUUAGAACCCGAGUAUCACCAGGCAGGACUCUGAAUCCAAUGUGGAAUGAGGACUUGAUGUUUGUUGCAGCUGAGCCAUUUGAGGAGCACCUGAUUUUGAGUGUAGAAGACAGGAUUGCUCCAGGAAAGGAUGAUGUAAUUGGGAGAACUGUCAUUUCACUGCAGCAUGUAGCUCGGAGGCUGGACCACAAGUUGCUGAACAGCCAGUGGUAUAAUCUUGAGAAGCAUGUGAUGGUGGAUGGUGAGCAGAGGAAGGAGACCAAGUUCUCAAGCAGGAUUCACUUAAGAAUUUGUCUUGAAGGUGGAUAUCAUGUCUUGGAUGAAUCGACACAUUACAGUAGUGAUCUAAGGCCAACUGCCAAACAGCUGUGGAAGCAUAACAUUGGGGUCCUUGAGCUGGGUAUCUUGACUGCGCAGGGCCUGUUGCCUAUGAAGACGAAGGAUGGACGCGGCACGACUGACCCUUAUUGUGUUGCUAAGUAUGGGCAGAAAUGGGUGCGUACAAGGACUAUCAUUGAUAGUUUCACUCCCAAGUGGAAUGAACAGUACACUUGGGAAGUGCAUGAUCCAUGCACUGUGAUCACUAUUGGUGUAUUUGACAACUGCCACUUGAAUGGCGGGGAAAAGGCUAAUGGUGCACGGGAUACCAGAAUUGGCAAGGUCCGCAUCCGCCUCUCAACGCUAGAAACUGAUCGGGUGUAUACCCACUCAUACCCUCUUAUUGUUUUGACACCUGCUGGCGUUAAGAAAAUGGGUGAGGUACAGCUUGCUGUCCGGUUCACAUGCUCAUCACUGUUCAACAUGAUGACUCUGUAUUCACAGCCCUUGCUGCCCAAGAUGCACUAUAUACACCCGUUGUCUGUGAUCCAGGUUGAUAACCUAAGACGCCAAGCAACCAACAUUGUCUCAACCAGGCUGAGCCGUGCAGAACCGCCACUGCGAAAAGAAAUUGUGGAGUACAUGCUGGAUGUGGAUUCUCACAUGUGGAGCAUGAGAAAGAGCAAGGCAAACUUCUUCCGUAUCAUGGGUGUCUUGAGCCCUCUGAUUGCAGUUGCUAGAUGGUUUGAUCAGAUCUGUCACUGGAGGAACCCACUGACGACUAUACUGAUCCAUGUCCUCUUUGUGAUACUGGUCUUGUAUCCUGAGCUGAUACUGCCUACAAUCUUUCUCUACCUAUUCCUGAUUGGAGUGUGGUACUACCGGUGGCGGUCGAGGCAGCCUCCGCACAUGGACACUCGCCUCUCACAUGCGGAGACCGCCCAUCCUGACGAGCUUGAUGAAGAGUUUGACACCUUCCCUACAUCUCGCCCACCUGACAUCGUCAGGAUGCGGUAUGACCGCCUCCGGAGCGUUGCUGGGAGGAUCCAGACUGUUGUUGGUGAUCUUGCAACACAAGGAGAAAGACUGCAGUCUCUGCUGAGCUGGAGAGACCCAAGGGCCACCGCGCUGUUUGUGACCUUCUGCUUCAUCGCUGCGAUCGUCCUGUACGUCACACCAUUCCGUGUUGUGGUCUUCCUUGCAGGCCUGUACACCCUGAGGCACCCGAGGUUCCGCCACAAGAUGCCGUCUGUCCCGCUGAACUUCUUCAGGAGGCUGCCGGCAAGGACUGAUAGCAUGCUGUAA